CGUUCGGGCUGCAGCGGCUGAGGCUGGGCAAGGGGAGGUGGCGCAGGCCAUGUGGCCGACCCUGCGUUACCUGGGCGGUGCCUGCGGUCGAGCCCCAUGCCGCUUUGCUGGGGGCUUCCUCCGGGCAAGCGAGCGGGCGUCCCGGGGGCCCGGGCUUCUGCGCGGGGGUGGCCGCAGCUCCAGCACCAGCUCAUUUGAUAUAGUCGUCAUCGGGGGCGGAAUUGUGGGGCUUGCCUCUGCCAGAACACUCAUCCUGAAACAUCCCGGACUUUCAAUUGGUGUUGUGGAAAAGGAGAAAGAUUUAGCUCUUCACCAGACUGGACGGAACAGUGGUGUCAUCCAUAGUGGAAUUUACUAUAAACCCGAAACCCUGAAAGCUAAAUUGUGUGUGGAAGGCGCCGCCCUCAUCUAUGAGUACUGUGACCGCAAGGGAAUCCCCUACAAGCAAUGUGGCAAGCUAAUAGUAGCUGUUGAACAAGACGAAAUUCCCAGACUUCAGGCUCUGUAUGAGAGAGGUCUGCAGAAUGGAGUCCAAGGCUUGAGACUGAUCCAGCAGGAGGAAAUAAAAAAGAAGGAACCAUAUUGCAGGGGUCUAAUGGCUAUUGAUUGUCCGUACACUGGCAUUGUGGACUAUAAACAGGUAGCUCUGUCAUUUGCCCAGGAUUUCCAGGAUGCAGGUGGCUCUAUCUUGAAAGGUUUUGAGGUAAAAGAUAUUGAAAUAGCUAAAGAAAGCCCGUCCAGAAGUAAGGAUGGGGUGGACUAUCCAAUUGCUGUCAAGAAUACUAAGGGAGAGGAAGUUCAGUGUCGCUAUGUUGUGACAUGUGCAGGACUUUACUCAGACCGUAUUUCGGAGUUGAGUGGCUGUAAUCCUGAUCCUCAAAUUGUCCCAUUCCGGGGAGAUUACCUGCUCUUAAAGCCAGAAAAGGGCUACCUUGUAAAAGGAAAUAUUUAUCCGGUCCCGGAUAGCCGCUUUCCUUUCUUAGGGGUUCACUUCACACCAAAGCUGGACGGCACUAUUUGGCUGGGGCCCAAUGCGGUGCUUGCCUUCAAGCGGGAAGGUUACAGACCCUUUGACUUCAAUGCCAGAGAUGUUACAGAAACAAUUCUCAAGAGUGGUUUCAUUAAAAUGGUGCUUCAGCAUUUCUCUUACGGAGCAAAUGAAAUGUAUAAAGCCUUUUUCCUCAGUGAAACAGUGAAGCAUCUUCAGAAGUUCAUCCCUGAAAUCACCACCAACGAUGUGCUUCGAGGUCCAGCUGGAGUACGAGCCCAGGCCAUGGACAGAGAUGGAAAUUUGAUAGACGAUUUUGUGUUUGAUGGAGGAGCUGGGGAUAUUGGAAAUCAUGUUCUUCACGUGAGAAAUGCGCCUUCCCCUGCCGCCACCUCUUCCCUGGCGAUUUCCAGAAUGAUAGCAGAUGAAGUACAGCAGAGAUUUAAGUUAUGAACAAUGAAGGGAGCUGCAUCAUAUUCCCUACACAAGCAACGAGGAUGUACCAGUUGUAUUUUUAAAUUGUAAUUUAAGAAAUUUAUUGUAAAACCAUACUUUUUAGGCUAAAAUAACCACUGACUUAUUAAUAGGAGGUAACAGAUAUAAUUUUUAAAAAAUUCUUAUGAGCACAGAAGUGACGUGUUCUCUAUGCCUGUUCUGAAACCCCGAGUUUGUUAGAGAUUUACCCAGCCCACUGUGAUAUAGGAAGGGCUCCUAUAGAAUGUUUGGGAAGUCGGCAUAAAAGUGGACUGUUCCCUAAAUCAGUGUUUGGCUUUAUAAUUUUUUUUUUCUUUCCUGGAAAAAAAUAUGUCACAAUAUACUGUAGGGUGUGACAUUCUUUUCAUCUGAAGAGUCAGGAAAGCUUGCAUUUAUUUAGCGAUGUUUUUAUGUGGAAACUGAAAAUGCUUGAUUUAAAAAAAAAAUACAUGAAAUUUCACAUUUCUAAGUAGCACAAAACAAACUCAGUCUUCAGUGUCAGUCUCUUUGUAAGUGUCUUUAACAUGUGGCAUCGUCACUCCAUCUGAACAGCAGUGUACCGUGUGCUUGCUGCCUGCACGCCAGUUCCCAUGGCCGAGAAAUGGAAGUCCCUAAGAGGACUAUGCUUUUUCUAAGAGCAGUUUAAAUCCUGACGCUGGGUGUAGCACUGUGUAGUUUUAACCAAUUAUUUAUUUCACGCCUCUGUCCUUUGGUCACACUGAGGUUCCCAAGAUGUUGGCCAGGAUCACUGAUGAUUCAUACCUAUCUGGGUUUGCAGAAUUCCUAUAAACUUUGUGAGGCCAUUUCUCCAUUUUUGGUUAAUAUCUAACUUGGAGGCAUUCACUUUUGUAAACCGCGAAAGUGCCUUACAUUCUUUGUAUGUACUUCAUGAACAUGUUGAGUUGGUGUCAAGUGCCAUACUGAAUAGUGUGUGUGUGUGUGUGUGCCAUAUUGUAUACUGUAUGUGUGUGUGUGUUUGUCAUAUUGUAUACUGUAUAUAUGUGUGUGUGUUUUAGCUAAUGAAAUGUGUCUUAUGAUUCAGAAAGUUGGAAAAUAGAAUUGUAAGUGAAAAACUGGCAACUCAGCCUUGGGAACAGAGCCAGCACUUAAGUGAGACACUUCAUCCCUUCUCUCACAUGUGUUCUCUCAGGGUUAAUCUUGCAUUUUCCUCACCAACACUGUGAUGGAUACCUGAGAAGGAUGUGCAUGCUGAUAGGAAAACCUUCUCUUGUAUUUUCUUUUUCUUCCCCUCAGCCCUUGGUGAUUACAUUUACUAAGCUAUCUCAUCCAUUAAUUUGAAAGGAUACAUAUUCUGAUCUACAGUACGAGAGGCAGUGCAUCCCAGGUAAAUAGAUGAGGCAGUUUUUCCAACACUUGGGGUGGGCAUAUUGAAACAUCCAGAAAUCAUAUACAGAGGAAACAAACCCUAAUGGUUCUCCAUAACAAUAGAUUCCUACAAGAAAUGCACUGCACAGAGUACUCUGUCUAAGGCUUCUGAGUGAUACAAACACUACGUUAAGAUUAUUUUCCUUUGUGAAUGAGGAUAUUUUCCUUUUAGAUGUGGUGAGGGAAGUGUGCAGUGGUUCUAUUUCAUCAGAUCUGAGAUCUUACGUAUACGCAUUAAACUGUGAAUGACGAAAUUUACAAAAAUAACUGUCAGGAUUGAAGCAGUCCUUAUUCCAUUUGGGUCUGUAUUGUAUGCUCCAAAAUAAUAGAGAAAAUUUUGUUGAAAAAUAUGUUAUUCCAUUUGUGAAAUAUUUGAUAUUUAUGUCAAUAGGAUUUUUUUGUUAAAUACUGAUAUAUAAGAAUUUUGUGUCUUUCUGAGAAAAGAAAAAUGUAUAUUAGUAUUAAAAUAUUUUAAUGAA